AUGGCGGGCUCGGGGAAGGUGGCUAUUUUCCGCCUGCCGGUCCUUCCUACCAUUAGAGAGAUAAUUAAGCUGUUUAAACUGAAGGCUACGAAGCAACUGUCUCAGAACUUUCUGUUGGAUCUGCGCCUCACAGAUAAGAUAGUAAAGACUGCUGGCAAUCUGAAGGAUGCAUACGUGUGUGAAGUAGGCCCUGGGCCAGGAGGAAUCAGUAGAUCCAUCUUAAAUUCUGGUGUUGCAGAAUUGUUAUUAAUUGAAAAAGAUUCUCGUUUUAUUCCAGGACUCCAGAUGCUGUCUGAAGCAGCUCCAGGAAAAGUCCGUAUUGUCAAUGAGGAUAUUUUAACAUACUCAUUCAAUGAAGCUUUUCCCAAACAUCUUUCAAAGAACUGGGAAGAUGAUCCUCCAGACAUACAUAUCAUUGGAAACCUUCCUUUCAGUGUCUCAACUCCACUAAUAAUCCAGUGGCUUGAGAAUGUAUCUAACCGAGAUGGGCCUUUUAGUUAUGGUAGGAUACGGAUGACACUGACCUUUCAGAAAGAAGUUGCAGAGAGACUCACAGCUAGUGCAAAAUCCAGACAGCGAAGCAGGCUUUCUAUAAUGUCUCAGCACCUGUGCACUGUUCAUAAAGGUUUUACAAUUCCAGGUCAAGCUUUUGUUCCAAGGCCAGAGGUAGAUGUGACACUUGUCCAUUUUACACCACUAGUGGAACCCAAAAUAAAGCAGCCAUUUAAACUGGUGGAAAAAGUUGUUCGAAAUAUUUUCCAAUACAAAAGAAAAUACUGUCAUCACGGUGCAAGGAUUUUGUUUCCAGAAGCUGACCGCCUUGAAAAAACAGAACAGUUGCUCAUGGAGGCAGAUGUUGACCCAACUCUAUAUCCACCUCAACUGUCCAUGUUUCAGUUUAAAAACCUUUGUAAUGUCUACAGGAAAAUGUGUGAUGAAGAUCCAGGUCUUUUAGCAUAUAACUACAGAGAAGAACUGAAAAAGAAAAAGACAGCCAACUUUAAACGGACUGAGAAAGAUUACUAUUUUCUUUCCUAGAAUUAGGCAACCACAAAGCCUAACAGUUUUUUGGAUUGGACUGAAAUAAUUUGACUUUGAAUAUAUUCAAUUUUAACCAAAAUUGUAUGUGAAAUUUACAAAUGAGAAUAAGGAUCAUUUUUCUUAAAACUCAAGUGAUACCAUUUUAUCUUCUCAAGGCCAAAUGUAAAAUAACUGAAAAGUAACCCCCCCAAAAACACCCACCAAGAACAAAACACGGACAAAUCUACUUAUUUCAAUUAACAUUUUACUGUACAAGCUUAUAGAGAAAAUAAAAAUACCAUAAGAUUACAGUACGCUUUUUAUAUGUACAAACAUAUAUAAAAAUCAAAUAUAAACAACCAUUUACAUUUUAGUACAAUGUACAGAGGACUUUAUUACUCUGUAUUGAAAUAACUUAAUUUGACUUUAAAUAAAGCAAAAACUAACAUGCUCUUAAAUGCUCAAUGAAAGCUAACUGGACUCAGGUCAAAAAAUGAACAUCUCACCUCCCCGUGUUUUCAAAAAUGUUUAAAUGUUACCUAAUACUGAAAGGGGAAAAGAUUAGUUUACAGAAUUUGCAAAUUCAAGGUAAACUUUUUUGUUUUGGAAUAAAUUAAAAUAACUUAAGCCUUUACAACUAACCUUUAUGGAAAAACCCAGUAGUGCAUUAAACUGAAGAGUAAGUAGUUUUAUC